UUUCAAAGCAACGAAAAGCAUCAACACUCUAUAGUCGAUUAGUAUCAGUCCAUUCAAAUGUGUUUUUUAAAUUGGUUGUGAUCUGUAUUCUGUUUUUAUACAUUAAUACUUAUAGCAAAGCUGCAAUUUGGCUGCUAAAGAGGAUCCUUGAAUCAUCCCUGUAAGAACUUUCAUAUAUGAGAUGUUGAGAAACUGGCUGUAGCAAACUAUCCUGAUUAAUAUGUCAAUACGGGUGGUAUAUUUCCAUUUAAACACCAGUAUCACUUCACAUGAAUGCAAGUGUGUGUAUAUAUAUAUAUAUAUAUAUAUCAAUUGUUAAUUGUGCAUUAGAGAGCCAUAAGAUAAAAGCAGCAAUGUAAAUGAAUCCUAAAAAUAAAUAUUCUUGGGUUAAACUUGCAAUUAAGAUCUGCACACUUUGACCGACCCCCUCUCUCUACAGAACCUCCUUCCAUCUUAAGAUCCAAAUCAAAUUUAUGGUUACAGAUUGCAAUCAUAAAGACAAACCAACAAUUUCCCUUUAACCACUUUUGGGCCUUCGAGUCAUGCACGAAAAAACAUGUGGGCUUAUAAUCAAUCAAAUGAAGCACAGACAUAUUUUGUGGGAGCUACAGACCUAUGUCUGUAGCUCCCACAAAAUACAGUAAUGCAGUAAUGCAGACAGUAAUGUGUUGCCGUUGCAUUUGCUGAAUAAUGAGAGAAAACGAGGCAUCACAACUGUAUGUGAAAAGCCUCUGUCAUCAAAAAUCAUUGAACUUGUAUCUGUAUUAUUGAUCGGGAGCCAAUCGUAGUGAAGGGUUUGUUUUGGGGAGGAGCUGCGUGUUUAGUGCUUGUUGGUAUGGGAAUGAUACUGAAAACCCAACUCUGCUGCCCUGUGGGUGUUGUGAUUGUGAAAGGGACCGCCGCUCCAACAUCCAAACCUCCAUCACCUCAGUGUGACUACUCACAAAGGUAGGUGUGACCUUUUUUCAUUAUUAUUAACAGCGAGAUUGGUUUUUGAUCAAUCAAUCAUUUCUUAUCAGCACUUUUUACUUGUUUGUUUUUCCAAAUGAAUCAUAAUGAUGUAGAUGAUGAUACUACAUCAUUCAUAUGUUUUUCAUCAGCCUGUAAUAAUGUAUGGUGCCAAUAACAGCUGGGAAAAACAGAUGCCUUAUGAAAGGGAGAAACGUGAUCACAUGCAUAAUACCCAGUUAAUCCCAGUGUUGACACAGGGAGCGUGUGGAUUGUUCUGGAUGUCUGUUGUGUCCGUGCUGGAGGCGAGCAUGUGACUUUGGAUGUGCAGGGAGCAAAAUUAAAAGCUUUGAUGAAACUUUGAAUGACAACCAGCAGAGCGUAAAUAUAAAAGGGGAGCAGCUUCGGUAAAGAGAGAGUUAUUUUGGCCUUCACUUUUUUAAUCAGUACGUGCGUGUUUUUGCAGGGUGCAGUUCCCCAGUCAUGACUGUCCAGCAGAAGCUCCUCUCCCUGUGGGUUUUGCUGUUGCUUAUGGCAGCACUGUGCCCGCAGCUUGCGGACGGUAAGCGAGGAGGCAUCUUCAAGGGUCGAGGAAAAGGCGAUGGCAAUAAACCGCCUUCCUCCAAAAGCCAAGGCCUCUCCAAGCAGGGCCUGAAGUUGGCAGGAGCAGCAGCAGCAGCCGGCAUCCUGGGGGGCACGGGCACCGGGUACGGGCUGGGGUUCCUGGGCAAGCCGAAGCAUCAUGGGGGUCGUCACGGCCACAAGUCUUCCUCUGAGAAAGAUCAGCGGCCUCAUCGCGACGAAGGCCGAGGACGUCAGAACCAGUCCCUGUGGAGAGCCUUAGUUAACACGGCCACACCCGCUCACCCGACUAACAUCUUUCUCACAGUUGGACAAGUGGCGUCUUUCCUCGUAGCAGCCUGGAUAGCAGAUAUUUAAUCUAACCUCGGAUCACUGGGAUGAAUCGUCCGAUCAAAUCAAAUAAAGGCUUGUUUGGAUAAGCGAUCCUCCCUGUCCACUCUGCUUUAAUAUGAGAUGAUUAUAUUGGUCCAAGCUUCAACUUAAAAUAGUCAUAUAUGCGUUAUAUGAAUGCAGAGCCAUAGCUACUUAAGUUAUGUCUGCAGUAAAUUA